AUUACGUUUAUGAUGAUGAUCAUAAUUGGCAGAACAGAAUCACAUAAAACUCUAUCCAUAUAUCAAUAUAACGCCUAAUAUAAGCCAAAUCGGGGACAAUAUAACCCUCAUCUGUUCGGUCAACAUCGAAGGCAAUACAUUUAUCGACAUUUCCUGGGAUUACGACUCUUAUGAUAUUAGCCGAAAAAGUGAGUCUUUGAUACAAUCGGUGACCAAACAGACCAGCGGUGGUGUGUAUGAGACGGCCAGCCGUUCCCUAACUAUAUUCAACGUAACUGAUGAAGACGUGGGCGACUAUACGUGUAAUGUCACUGAUUUAAGUCAUACCUCUUAUAGUGUGUCUAAAUUGCUGUCAAUCAAAGGCCAGUCGCCGUAUAAUCUUAAAUUUUUGUCGACAGUAAAAUUUGAUACAGGAAUUCCCGUUCAAUUGGUUGUACUAUUAUUGACUU